AUGAACAACAAAGACACUACUGCAAACCACAAUGGCGACAGCCCACAGGCUGGGGCUCCAUGGCUGCCCAUUCCGUCGCGCGCCAUCUCAGUCGUCGAGCAUCCCUGUAUCAUCAAAAACCUGGACAAGGGCAUUAUCUCAUUGGGCGGGCCUGUCAAGUUGAGCAAGGGCCUGCGCUCCAGACUAGAAACCACCACCAACGCCGAGGGCGAUGAUGAGAUCAAGAAACUCAUUACCGUGUCUCUGCGGCCAAACGACCCCUUUGCCAAGCGUUUGCUCUCUACGCCUGUGAGAACCAACAACCUCCUUCUCAAGGUCACGGUGCCCAAGCGAACAGGACGUAAACGGAAGCGUGGCACUUCGGGUCCCUUCCUGACCGAAGAUGAACUGGCAACCAACAGCAAUAGACCCCCAAAUGACACGCCUCUCGGCAAGCAUGCCUAUGCAAGUGCCUCGACCAUCUAUGCGAGUGUGCGGGACAAUGAUUCAACCUACAAGGUCGCGCUUGCCGGUGUCGUCGACGAGGCCCAUCGAUUCCGAAGCAUGCCUGACUUACAAUAUGCUGCCGUUCAUAACGAUACCAUGGUCGCACUCAGAGACCACGUUGUUCCUAAACGAUACAGCCAGUUGAAGAAAUACACGCUCAACACUGCCGCCGGCGCAGACCUGACCAAGAGCGUCGGUCCGUCGGCCGAGUUUCUGCAGAUGCCUAUUGCCUUCAACUACCGAUUCCAGCAGAAUACGUACGUCAAGUACACUGAACAGGGUGUGGUCAAUCUGCAGAAAAGCAUCGCCUACAACGCAUACACCAUCAUCAAACCUACCGAUGACCAUGUGCCGACGGGGCCCAAGCUCAGUCUACCGCCAGAGGAGUCACUCACCCCCUAUCUGCAGACCCUGAUCAAACACAUCAAAGGUGAACUCGAGAAACGGCCCAUCAUCACUCGGCACUUGCUCUACAACAAGCUCGGAUGGGACAAGCGCACAAAACUCAGACAGGCCGCUGUGUAUUGUGGCUAUUUCUUUGAAAGCGGACCGUGGCGAGAAGCACUCGUGCGUUGGGGCGUCGAUCCCCGCAAAGAUUCCAAGUACCGAAGGUACCAGACCGUGUCGUUUCUGUCUUACCUCAAGGUGGGUACCUCGAAGCACCACAAAGGCUUCGACCAACAUGUUAUGAAAUUGAGUCAGAUGACGCCAGGAGAGCUAAAGACGCAGCACACAUUCGACGGCGUCAACGUGUCUCAGACCGGUAACCUCUUUCAGUUCUGCGAUAUCACGGACCCUCUGAUUGCGAAGAUUCUGGCCACGGAUGAUAUUCGAACUACGUGCGCCCCGACCUUCCAAGGAUGGUACCACGCUGGAACAUGGGCAAAAGCAACCGUCAUUUUGAAGGACAAGAUGAACACGAUAAUCGGCAAAGAGAGACCAGAUGACACCAUUUACCAGCGUAUCAUUGAAUGGCCCGAGCAGUGGGACGACCAGACUAUAGCAGCCACGUACAAAGAAGAGGUCAACGACCGCCAGGUACACGACGAGAAGAAGAGGGAGCACGAUGUCAUGCAUCACGUCCGAUGGGCUGCACGGAAUCCGAGAUAUGCCUUCGAGACGAUGGAGACACCAAGUGAACCAGUACGCGAAGCAGAAGCAGAGGAGACUAGCACCGGAGACAUUGACAUUCCCGAAGACAUGACUGAGAAUCCCGUCACGGUAGAAGAAUUCCUGGACGAGAGUGAGAUGGAAGAAAACGGAGACGAAAGCAACGAAGAUGAAGAUGAUGAGGAUGAAAAUGAGAAUGUAAACGAUGAAGGCGAUGAUCAGGAUGAGGACGUCGAUGGAGUCUGGGAGGCUGACGAUGAUGGGGACAGUCCUGCCAUGUCUGCACGGGCAGCAUCAGAAGGCCCAGCGCCCUUUGGCGGGCUUUACAGAGUAUAAUUUAGUAGUAGUGACUUCGAUUUCAGAUAUAGAUUUUGAAUGUGGAGGGCUGUCAGAACAGCGCACACU